UUUAACACACAAAUUAAACAGUAUCUGUUGCUUUGCAGAAGCUUAUACUAGACAUCCACUCAGACAUAUUGAGGCAGGGCAGUACUCAAAGAUACAGAAUAAACACCAAAUCAUCAACACCAUGGUAGGACUGAUGCUGUUACCCAACCAGUCCAUCACCAAUGAAAACACAACUGAAGAUUUGACUCACUGUCUUGAAUUCAGUGCUUCAACCAAGGUCUUCUUCAUUGUCGCAUAUACUCCAGUGUUUCUGGUGGGUUUGCUCCUCAAUGGAUUCAUCGUUAAGUUCGUCUUCUGUCACCGUCAGAAGUCAUCCAGAAGCAUUAUGGUCUACCUGAAGAACCUGGUAGCUGCAGACUUUCUACUCAGCCUCUCAGUCCCUUUUUACAUCAUUAAUGCAGCCACUAACUCCACGACCAUCCGCCUCAUCUACUGCAUUUUUGGCUCCAUCAUGUUCUACUUUAACAUGUACACCAGCAUCCUGUUCAUGGUCCAUAUUGCUUAUAACAGGUACGUUAAACUCCACCAUCUUGUCCAAACAAGGUCAUGGCCUGCAGGUGCUCUUUCUCCUGCAAACACCUGGGGAAAGAAUCUGACAUCUGUCCCUGGUCGCUGUGAGGACUUGCAAAAUGCGCAGUUCGGUGUGUUUGACAAAGUUUUCGACACCUGUGUUUUAACUAUCUUUCUGUCCAUCCUCGCCUUCAUCAUCUUCAUCUACUACCGUAUCUCCUACAAGGUGUCAAUGGUUCAGCAGAGUCAGGUGACAUCCUCCAGCUCUAAGAAACUGGCCGAGUCACGUCGGAACAUGUUGGUACUGGUCAGCGUCUUCUGUAUUUGCUUCGUCCCUUUCCAACUGGUUAAUAUUCCCUAUGUUUUCCUUGGGUGUUCUUGGAGCCCAGUGCUUAACUUCCUGCAAGAACUGACCCGUACAUUAUCAGCUGUGAAUAUCUGCCUGGACCCCUUCAUCUACUUCAUGUUCUGCAAGGACUUCCGGGAGCAGAUGAAACUGAAAAAUGUGUUCUUCUUACGCAGAGACACACCAGAACUGAACAUGGAGAGAGGGCUGCAAAAUGAAGCUGAGCUCAGUAUCCAGUCCAGCAGCGAUAGCAGCUGA